CGAGGCCCACUCUGGGCCCAUCAUCUUGUGUGUGGGCUGCGCGUGCAUUGUGUUGAGAAGAGGUUGCUUGGUGCAGGAGUGAGAAGAUGGGAUUUGGAAUGGGAUGUGGGCAGAAGAGUGCUCAGGCCUAGCUCUUUGUUCCAGCUCUGGGACUCUGACAGUGUGCCAGUGGCUUACGACCUCAGUUCCCCAUGCCAGACAGUCUGAUUCUCGGGGCCCUGUCAGAGUCGAUGAGAUCAUAGAGGUGAAGGGACUCACAGUGUGUUUGUGUAUAAUUAUUUAUUUGUUCCAUAAAUACUCAGGGCCUGCCUGGCCAGCGGUGGGAACAGCAGGGAAGUCGCUGGCCAGGUAUCCCUCGUGGGCCUUAGAUGUGAGGCAGCAGCAAGCUUGGCUUUUAGCCUCUUACACUGGAAACAGAGGCAGUAUUGGACAUUCUGAGUUAGGGCAGGCUGGCCGUGUCCAGGAUGUGUUCCUGAGGGCCUUCCAUGGUAUCUGUGAGGCGACGUGUGUGUGUGUGUCGAAGCCUACAGGGGCGGAGGAGGGAGUGCUUUGAGGCAUGUGAGGCCAGGCCAAUGUAACGAUGAGGUCAGAGUGCAGUUUAGAAAAUAUGCCAAACACAGCCUCGUGCUGGGGAAAACCAUGCCAGCUUGGUGUGACUUCUUUGGUCCUUUGUGGCUGUGAAAUGAGUUGCCGGAACCACUUUCCUGUCUUAAGCUCUGUGAUCCACGCAUCACCCAGGCAUUUCUGGCUAGGGUGGACUUUGUUCUGAAAGCUCUCGGCCGUGCAAUAAAUGUGUUUACAUCAGUGGCUGGGUUGCUAUGGGCUCCUGGUCUGGGCCAGGUCAGGAUUCCCCUGCAAUGACCAAACAUGUGAGCAAAACAGUCAGCUGUCCGUGAUGACUCCUAGAUGGGCAAACGUUCACACUGAGAACCUAGAAAGAUCAGUGGCCGUGUAACAUGGGGAAGCGGAUCGCUGUCUUCUCAGGAAAAACAGACUAUCCAACAGAGAAGGUCUCUUUGGGGUAACAGGCUCACCCACUCUGGCCAGCCACACUCUCUCAGCCCCGGACCUGGAUCUGGAACAGUGUUUCUAGAACAUUCCAGAGAAGGAGCAGGCAGAGGGGCCGAGGGAGAGUCGAGCUGAGUUCAGUCAGUCGAGGCCAUCUGGAAAGAGUUGCCAGGAGGUGAUCAUGGGAUUGAAGGCCAGGACACCUUGGGCAGGAGGCUGGCAAAUAAGAAGUCAUGGGCUUGAGGUCAGGAGGUCGUGGGGACCCUGGGGUGGUCCUUCACUGGGAAACUUCACUGGGAAGCGUUGUGGCACCGCGUGGGUGUGGUGAAGUAGCAUAGCAGCAGGAAGAGGCUGAGCUCAUCUCCACACUGGGGGAAACUGUUUCCAUAGCAACUGCCCCUUUUUAAAGAUGGCGGCUGCUCCUUUCUUUCAUCUGGGUGGGAGUGCUCCUACUUGCGGUGGGAUGGACCCCUGAGGCAAGCCACCUCAGGGAAGAAGAGGGGCCUGAGCUGACCUAUGAUUGAUGGCUUCCAUGAUUUGGUGGAACAGCUAUCCUGGCUAAGAGAAGCCCCGACCUGUUUGUCAAUAUUUCUGGCUCAGCUUCCUUUGAGCUAAUUUAUAUAGUCAGGUAGUUCAUUGGUCUGAAUCUGCCUUCUCUUAAGCCCGCAUGCCCUCUGAGCCCCAGCUUUAUCAGUUUAAACACCAGAACGUUCUGUUUUAGAUGUACGUGGCAUCUUACUCAUGACUGUAUCCCAGAGGCAUCACUAGUGAGUGUGGGCAAAGUCAAACAUUUUCCUCAUUUUUUUUCUCCUCCUUAUCCCACCCAGAGCUGUAUUUUGGAAACACAAAAAUAAGGCAUCUUACUCUGGGGCUCUCAGGAACAUGAGCCAGUUUCUACGUGAGGUGCAGUCAGUAUUGUGGGUCUCUGCACGACCGUAUGUUCCCGCUAAGGAACGUUAGCCAGCGCUGCUUUCUAGACUGCCCACCUCCUCCCCUGGCCCAAGGACAUCCUCACUUCCUUCAGGAUGGUCCAUGUGUGACACCAGCAGUGGUGUGGGUCUUGAUGGCCCGGAUGAUGGUGACCUGCUGUGGGGUCCAGGUCUCCCACCCCAGACAGAGGCUUGAGGGAGAGAAGGUGUCACCUGCUGUCACCUUCAAAUCUCCCUGUGCUCACCACAGCAGUUUUCCACGGUUUACUGUCCUUUCGUGUUCUUUGCACAGAUCCCACGCAGGGAAUUGUAAAUCUAGAUGUUUUGUUUGAAGUGUAUUACAUUUUAAUUAAUUUAGUGUGGUGUGUAUGUGUGUGGACUCAUGCCGUGGCACUAGAUGAAACUCAGAGGACAGCUUUUCAGAGUCAGAGCUCUUCUUCUACCACAGGAGUCCCAGGGAUUGAACUUGGGUCGGCAGGCUUGGCAGCAAGCACCUUCACCCCAGAGCCAUCUCACCAGCCCAAUUUCAGAUUCCUAUUUUUGCCUCUGUGCCAGACCUAUCAGAAUAUAUUUAAGAUAAUUUAACUGGUUAGUAAAGGCAAGGGAUGUGAUGAAUACAUACUUUAUCGUGUGUGUGUGUGUGUGUGUGUGUGUGUGUGUGUGUGUGUGUGUAUGUGAGAUCUGCCAUACAUGUGACUGUGGAUAUGUGUGUAUCUGCCAUGUGGGGGUGCCUGUGGAGGCAGAAGAGGACAUCAGAUCCCUAGGAGCUGGAGUUGUGAGCUGUCUGAGGUGGGUGCUGGGAACAGAGCUUGGGUCCUCUGGAAGAGCAGUACACUCUUUCAACUGCUGAGCCAUCAUGCCAGCUCACGGCAUUAUAUAUAUUAUGUCAUACACACACACACACACACACACACACACACACACACAUAUAUAUUCCAGGCACCCACAUCAGACAACUCACAACAGCCUAUAACUCCAGCUCCAGGGGGUUCAACACCCUCUUCUGGACUCUGGACACAUGUACUCACAUCCACAGACAGACACAUAUACCCAAAUUUUCUGGGCAUGGUAACCUACUCUUAGUUCUAGCACUUGGGAGGAUCCCUGAGUUCGAGGCCAGCCUGGUCUACAUAUUGAGUUCCAAGACAGCCAGGGCUACACAGAGGCCCUUGUCUUGCAAAAGUAAACAAAAUAAAUGAUAGAAAGGGGGGAAGGGGCGUACAGGAGACCACGCAGGGGCGUGGCCCAUGUUCAAGGCGUGUUCAAGGACCUGGGUUCCAGCCCCGGUGUUGAAAACAUAAAUACCACAUGUAGGAAAGAGCACAGAUCAUAACACAGCUUGCCUGCCCUGAGAAUGAAAUGGGCCAGGUCGGGCAUGACCGUACACCUCAGGAGACUGAGGCGUGACCGAGAGAUCGAGGCCAGCCUGGGCUACGGUUAUGAGAACUCGUCUCUAAAGCAACAAUGGAGUAAAGGAAGAAAGGAGGGAGGGAGGGAACAGCACCCAGAACCCCCUCUUCCCUCACCCCCUCCACACCCACCCCUGCUUCUUGCUCCUCUCACAGCAGUAACAGCUUAGGUAGUCCCGGCUGUUCCGGAGCCUUCCAUGUAAAGGAGACUUGGGUGCUCAGGGCCUCUGUGUUUGGGUUUUCUCUGCCGUCCUGGCCUUUGAUUUCGCAAGGAGGAAUGUGAGGGUCCUGCUUCUGCGGGGACAAAGGUCUCCUGACAAACCCGAAGUCACCUGGGGAGAGGGGUGAUGAAGACAGGUCUGUGUCCCUCUGGCCACUCUGGUGGUGCCGCAGACCGGCUGGAGAAUCUGAUUCCAUUUCCUUCUCUGGAAAAUGGGGGUCGGGACCCCCUUCCCUGUGGGGUUGUGGAGGACUUUAAACAGGACAGCAGCUUUGGAAAGCAUCACCAGGAGAGGGUGACAUCAUGGCGACGUGUGUGUGUGUGUGUGUGUGUGUGUGUGUGUGUGUGUAUGAGUGCAGGAGGCAUGGGUAACUCUUUGACUGAAGGAGCUCUUUGUUUUGGUUGUAGCCCAGUGGAGACCCCGAGGGGCCCAAGGAAGCCUCCCGCAGACAAGAGAGCCCAAUCCUUGGACCGGCAAGUUCCCAAGAAGGACCCUGAGACCUCGAACUCUAAGUACCCCUCCGGGCCCACUUACAGGAAGGCGCUUCGUCGGACGGCCAGCGAUGGGGCCAGAGCUUCUGGGAGCCCAUGUCACUUUGCAGAGGCCCAGGGAGCUGUGGCCCCAGCCCUCCCUCUGGGAGAGGAGAGUGAAUUUCUCCCCUGUGAGCAGGGACCCCCACAAGACACCAAGAAAGAGAAGCCCCCGAAGCAAGCCCAGCAGAGCUGGAUGAGUGUGUUGCUGAACAUCUUACUCCUGAGGGUUGGUCUGGAGGAGCCCAGGGAAAAAGCCAGCAGGAAGUCAAAGGGGAAAGGGGAGGCGAGCAACUUCCCAGAGGCAGCCGAGGAGCCGGGCCUCAGGAAGAAAUCUCCAGAGAAGAAGACGGGUCGCAAGAAACAUAGUCACCGGAAGCCUGCUGCUGAGGAGCCCACAGGGCCCCGGAACUCAGAGGCAGAAGGCCAAGGGGACGUACUGUCCAGCUUGGCUGCCUCACACACCGAGGAGGCGGACCUGGGGCUGAUCCGCAGGGGGAGACCAGAUUCUGAAGUCCCCCAGGCCUUGCCCACUGAGGGAGGCCGUGCUGAAUCCUCAGAGAAUUCUGCCCAAGCUGCAGGUCCCCCGUCAGAAGAGGAGCCCCAAAAGCCUGACCAGGAUGAGCUCAUCUGGAAGAUAGUGGAAUUGCUCAAGGAAGCAGGGGACCGUUUGGAGGAAGAGGUGAGGCGCCAGCACCAGAGAACACCUGCUGGGCUGCUGCAGCUCCGGCAGGCGCAAGUCCCUCAGCCGGAAGUGGUUCCACGAAAGCCAACGCCGCCGCCCCCCAGGAAGAAAUCCCAGGAAAAGAAGUCCAGUCUGAAGAGAGCCUUGUCCCUCAAGAGGCUUGCCCCCGAGGAACCCAAGAAAGUGGGCGCAGCCACUGCCUUUGGCCCAGAAACCCGGCCCAAGAGGCCCAGCUUCCUACCCCUGUGUAUCAGCAGCCAGCGACCUUCCACCGCCAGCAUCCACGACUCAGAGGAGCCUGGAUUCCAGGAGGUCCUGUCUGUAGACGGUGCGUGCUCACAUCCCUCUGAACUUCACACCCCAGCUGACGGUCGUGGACCCACGGAGAAGCCGCGGAGGGACAGAGCCUGGGAAUCCAGAGAAUUCAGGCGGAAGAUCCUGGCCCUACUCCAAAAUGCAGAGGAACAGAAGGGAGAGGAGCAAGCUCAAGUCCAGGAGGCAGAGGAGGCUGGAGAAAACCCUGCCCCAGCCUGCAAGGUGAAGUCACAUGGGAAGAAGUCCAACCUCCGACGGGCCUUUUCCCUCAGGAAACAUGGCUCCAAGGAUCCCAGGAGGACAGAGGCCUCGGGGUCUCCGGGUGCUGCCAGCCCGGAGGCCCGGCCACCCAAACGGCACAGCUUCCUGCCUAUGUGUGUCAGUGGUCACAGAGCUUCCAUCUCCAGCGGCCCAGAAGACCUGGAGUUCCAGAAGCUGGAGGCUGCAGGAGGAGAACCAGCUGGGUCCCCAGAAGUGCCUGUCCAGGCCAGAAGCCACACACCAGAUGAGCAGCCUCUACCAGAGGGAGCCUGGGAAUCCAAGGACUCCGUCAUCCAUAAGUUGGUGGAAGGUCUCCAGGAGGUGGACAGCGAGCUAGGGAGGCAGAUCCGGCAGUACCCCAGCUUCAGGAAUUUUUUUAAUGAGUUCUCGGAUGCCUCCCUCAGGAAGCUGGUGGCCACCUUAGACAGACAGAGGGCCCGCCUCUUGGAGGAGGACAGGAGCCUGGUCAGCAGACCCCCGCCGUGCGCCUUUGGCUCACUCAACAAGUUUGCCGCCAACCACAGCUGUGCCAUCUGCACCCUCAUGCAGUCCAGAGGCCAGUACAGGGGGCACAGCUAUGCCCACUUCCUGUCCAGGAAGGCCCAGCAGAACAUCACGAGUCCGGCUGGUCAGAGUCCAGACUGAAGGCCGCCGCCGCCGCCGCCACAUCUCACACCCAAGUUCUGCCGGACUAGCCAGCAGCCAGCAGCUUUGGCACGGAGACCCCGAAGACACGCAGGACGGCCUGGUCUGUGCUUCCCAAACACGCCUGGAGACGAGCGUGGACAAUGAUGCCCUGCGCAUUCGGCGCUGUCUGGGGAUGCUUUUCUUCCUGGAAGCUGGACCAGAGGCCAACUGGGGGUGGGGACUGGGUUGGGGUUAGGAGAGCGGGCUCCGUCCACUGAACCUGAGGCGAGGUCUCACCUCUGCAUCUCUCCAUCCCACUGUCAUGACGGCUGACUGACACCUGCCAGAUCCAGCUUCCAAUGAGUAUUAUCUAGGGUGUGUGUGUGUGUGUCUGUGUCUGUGUGUCUGUGUCUUUGGGGGUGGGGGCUGUGUGGGUAUAGGUCAGAGGUCAACUUCGGUUGAACCUCCUCCAGUUCUAACUACCUUGUUUUUUGAGAGAGGGUCUGUCACUGGCCUGGGACUCACCAAGUGGGUUUAUGUAAUGUUGAGAGUCCAGGGAUCCGCCUGUUUCUGCCGCUCCAUUGCUGACAUCACAAACCACCACACCCCACCAUAAAUGAGUCUUUGUUUUGAAAAAUAGUUUUUUUCAAUUCGGUCUCCAACUCAAAAAAACACACAUGCAUUCAACAGCUGAGUCUCUGCCACACGUCACUUACUCAGUUGGCCAAAUAGUGUUUAAUGCUAGUGGAUUCAUGAGACCCCUGGGAACUCUGUAGACCCUAACAGGAGCCUGGGGUGAUCUAUGGAUUGGGGGAACCCCUGAUCUCCCAGAAUCCUAUUAGCCUUGUGAAGAUUCUGAAAGUUAUCUAGUGUUAUGUCUAUAAUUAUUUUAUUGUAUUGAGACAUGGUCUCAAUAUGUAGCUCAGGCUAGCUUCUCGAGUACAGUGAGUACAGAUGUGUGCUAUACCUGGGCUACUUUAUCAGGGUCUCAUCCGAAGUCGGAGGGCUUCCAGCUGGGCUGCCCCAGAUGGCGGCACAGGUGUGCACUGCUCCAGAGCCUCAUGCCUAGGACAUGCAGUCUUUGUCCUGCCCUUCUGCACACUGUGGACGUGAUGGCACGCUCCCCACUGAUGGCUGUGAAGUGUCUCCAGAUGGCUCCCUCUUGUGGGUGUGUCUAUUUGCACAACUGUGAGGUGUGGGUGCAAAAGGCCCUGCCUUCCACCCAGCUGGCCAGUGACUCAGAUGGGCAGUUUCUCACAUGUCCGUACUCACACUUAGGCGAUAAGGCCACUGACUCCCUGGGCCGGUGGCAGGAAGGCGGGGACCGUGGGGGAGGGUAUUAGAGCCUAGAUGGCAGACCGAGUCUUGUUAUCCUUGGAGACUAUCGGUGGUCACGUCAGGCUCAUGGCAGGCACUAUGGGUGAAAGACAGAAUGAGGGUAGGCAGGCCUGGGCUCUCAGGUGGGACCAGCUUCAGCCUGAGGCAUCCUUUCAGGAAGUUCAACUAAAAUCGUCCUUUUUUUUUUUUUUUUUUUAAUUGCUUCAAGGUGUUUUUAUUGGCACUUGGUGACCUCCUUAUAGGUUUAUUUUAGGCAGUAUUCAGGGAUGUGUCACUGACGUGCAAGAACUAAGUUUUGAGAUGAGGGUCAGGAACCUUCUGUACAUAAUUUAUUUUUCUUUAUUAUUUUUAUCAGUAAGACAAUCAGUGUCAUACAUAGUCCAGGCUGGCCUUGAACUUGAGGCAGUCCUGCUCUGCCUAACAAUAGCUGGGAUUACAGGAAUAUGCCACUACAUCCAACUGUACCAUUUCUUUUAUUUAAAGAUUUUGUUUUCAUUUUAAAUUAUGUGUGUGUGGGUUCGUGUACAUGAGUGCAGUGCCCACAGGGGCCAGAAGAGGGCACUGUAUCUCAUGGAGCUGGAGUUGCGGUGGUUGUGAGCAGCUCACAUUGAAACACUGAGUCAUUUCCAAACUUUGGACAUAGUUUCUUAUCAGUGAGGACCUUCCGGGUGGUAGAGUUUUAGGUAUGAGUUCCAGAUGCUGGCAUCCAAGUCUCGUUUUUGUACGUGUUGUUUGAACCAAUAAAGAUGCUGACUUUC